UGUUAUGCUUCUGUUCUUGCAUCUUUAUUUUUUUGAGUUUUCUACGGUGUGAAAUUCAUUAAGGAAUGUCAAGUAAUUGCAUUUUUGUAUGUUUUAAUUCUUAUUUUUUGUUUUUAGAAAAAGAUGAGUUCCUUCACUUUUCUGCAUUUCACAAAAUUUCUUCACCUUUUUCUCUAGUUCCGAACAAUCCUUACUUAAACUAGAUUGUUUUUCAACUCUGAUCUGUCCCUUGGUUGGCAUCACUCACCUUCAAAUAUCUAUAGGGAAGAAAUUUUGGACAAGGAUUCCAGUCUGUUUAUAGCAGACAUAAUUAGGAGGAAGUCCCAGAAGCAGUAGAGGUCAGUGGCUGCACCAGGAUGAAAAUUGUUUUGUUUUAAGGGUGAUGUCAUCUCUGAGCAAAGUGAAAUGAGCCAGAAGGCAAAUGAGAAUGUAGACAGGAAUGCCCAAUUCCUUUUACAGCCCCAGAAACCCGUUCAGCCUUACCUCUGCUCGACGAAUGAUUUUCAAGAAGAGAGAAACUUUUUGGCAAACUACAUCCUCCCUCAGCUGAAUGAACUCUGCAAUUCCUGGGGCACGUACUUCAAAGCUGUGGACCUGAGGUGGUCAGCGUUGAAGGCCCAGGCACCCUUACCCUCCAGCCUGUUUAGACAGCAUUUUUGUCUCCACUUGCAACGUCUGAAGCUCUGUCUCGACUACAUGAACAGCUGCUUUCCCUUUUUUAUCUACUUGCUGGGUCAGACAUAUGGGGACUUUGUCCCUGACUACUCGCCAGUCCUGUUCUCCGAGGCAACUGACUUGUCAACUUUAUCCAUAGUGGAACAGAAUCUCUAUGUUGCUGCAAAAAACAGUUAUCCUUGGGUCCUGGAGAAUGCCAACUGCAGUCUGAUGGAAUUAGAGGUCAUCCAAGCAGCAUUUCUGAAUGAGCCUCAAUUUCAGUAUUUUUACUUUAAGACAGAAAUCAUGCUGCUGAAGACUUUGGAUGAGGAAAAGGAGGAGAUAAUAUCCUCAGGUUUUCUGACAAACGACGAGUUAAAAUUAAAGAUGGGGAAGCUUAAGGCCAAGAUUAUUAGCAAAGGGCUCCCUGUCAGAUUUUAUAGAGAUCUCCAUGAGUUGGGUGAGCUGGCUCUCCAGGACUGGUCGGUUGUGAUAGAAACACUUUCACCAGCCACUUUAAUGAUGGAAAAUAUAGGCAAGAGACUUUUGGCUGCCAGGCUCGCUGUCUCCUCGUUGCAAAUUUAUCAUGGGCACCAUCUCCUCCAGCCGGUCCUACAAGUUGCUGUGUGCCCGCCCCGAUGUGAGGAUGGUGGAACUCGUUAGCACCGGAGAUGAAGAGGGCUGGACAGUUGGGUGGCCGACACCGUGUGCUUGUUGAGCGCCUCACUUUGUCGUUUGGCUGAGUAGAUGAGAUAAUCCAGCUUCUGGACAUGCUGGGCUACAAGGACCAUUACAAAGUGACCACGUCGCACUGGGCUGCUUUCUGCAAUGCCACCAAACAGUGGGUCCAGGAGGAGCCUGACAGCCUCCUGUACUUUUGGCACCAAUCCCUGCAAAGUGCUGUGGAGCCAAGCUUCUUGGUGUAAUCACUCCCGUCAGAGAAAUCGGUGCAUAUGCCUCUCAGGACCCCAUGAAUCAAAAGAAAACACAUUUCCACCGAAUCUUGAUCAGAUUCUUCCAACGGCAAACGGCUUUCCAGAGAGUGUAUGAGGAACUGCCUUGGCACAUGAAGAUGAGCGGCUGCUGGGAGGAUCUGUGCAGCUUUCUCUCAAGUCCUAGAUUCCAAAGGAAGCAAGCAAUUGAAUAUUACAAACAAGUGAUAAAAAUAAAGGAAAAUGCAGGCACUCUGGCCAAUUCCUCCCUCGCCUGGAAGGAGCUGAGCUUCAGCCUAAGCGAUACCUUGUAUAAAUUAGAAGAAACGCCAAGCAUCUCAGUCACAUUUAGAAGGAAGAAAUUAAACAAAGGCUCAAGUGGGUGACUUUCAGUGGCAGGUCAAUUGUUGAUAAGUGACUCCUGUCAUCAAGUUAUGAUGGAGGCUGUGGACUAUUUGUACAGGUCACUCGAUUUAAG